AUGCCAGCAGAUGUACCCCCACUACACCAGCAACCCUCCGACGAGACAUCAGCAGGUGUGGAGGUUGACGCCAAUGCUGUGAAGAACAGCAACAGGAGUCUGAAGCAUGGCAUUGGUGCCAUCAUAGAGCUUGGAGACAUGGACAAUGUUAGCGCUGCAUAUUUCGGCUCUUUCUCCUCCGGGCGAGAUGAGCUGCCUCCGGCUCCUCCUGCGCCGCCGCCGCCGUCACCGCCGCCGUGCCGCCUCCGCUCGCCGGCGGCAAAUACGCCGCCGGAAGAUGUCGACCUACUCGGGCCGCUGGAAGAUGGCGACAUCCUCGGGGAGAUCCUCCUCCGCCUCCCGCCGCAGCCCUCCUCCCUCCCCCGCGCGGCCCUCGUCUGCAAGCGCUGGCGCAGCCUCGCCUCCGACCCGAGCUUCGUCCGCCGCUUCCGCCGCCACCACCGCCGCAACCCUCCACUCCUCGGCUUCUUCGUCAGAGAAGGCGACUUCGUGCCUACUCUCGACGCCCCGAAUCAGGUGCCGCCCGGACGCCUCUCGUUGCAGCGCGGCGAGGGCGACCGCUUCCUAUCCCUUGGAUGCCGCCAUGGCCUCGUGCUCAUCUUCGACAUAAAGCCCAACCAGAUGCUGGUGUGUAACCCCGUCACCGGCGACCAGCACCGCCUCUCCAUUCCCCCAGGGAUUGCCACUCAUGCGGAGAAUACAACGAUCAACGGGGCCGUGCUUCGCCCUGCCGGAGCAGUCGACCACUUCCAGGUGGUCUUGACAGUGGGAGACAACUACGACAAGCAACACAGGCGAGUCCUCGCCUGCGUUUACUCGUCGGAGACUGGCUUAUGGGGUGAUCUCAUCUCAACACCGCCUUCAUCCGAGGUCCCUAGAAGUGGUCGUCCCAUCUUGGUUUGUACAGGCAAUCCCGCCGUGCUUGUUGGGAAAUCCCUUUACUGGGUGCUUGCUGGGAAUUUGGUUGAAAUUCUCGAGUUUGAUUUGGAGAAGCAAAGCUUAUCCGUGCUACAGCCGCCAGUGCAUAUGCUUAAAGAGGGCUUUUUCUCAAUUAUGCGGGCAGAGGGUGGUGGCCUUGGUUUACUCUUCCCGACAUACAGUGGCAUCCAAUUGUGGAAGAGACAGACUGAUUCUGACGGUGUUGCUUCAUGGGCACUUGGAAGAACUAUUGAACUGGACAAGCUACUUCCCCUAAAUUCACGGCAAGUAUCAGCAACAAUACUAGGUUUGGCUGAGGAAAAUAAUGUGGUGUACCUGUGUGCAUGUUCCAUCGUCUUUAUGGUCCAUCUUGAGUCAUUGCAAUUCAAGAAGCUUUGUGAAACCAAUUUCCUCUGCCAUUAUCACCCAUUCGAGUGUGUCUACGCUACAGGUAAUAUCAUGCUUUCACAUAUCGGUUACAACAGAAUCAAGUUAAUUUCUGAUAAUUCUUCAUGGAACACAAUUCACAUGGAGUAUUUCUGUAUCGGUUCUUGUGUGUUUGUGUUUUAUGUAAUGAUUAUGAUUUAGAAAAAAAGGAUUUGUUACUCGUAUCUAAUUUAUUUUAUGCUUGGUAGCAAGACAGUGGUUGCGAUUGGUCCACUGUUAACUUCAUUUCUGUAUAUUUUGUUGUUGUUCAAGUUGGAUCUAGCUAACUGUCUUUGUCAGUUUGUUAUAUGAAUAUCCAUAUAACAAAGCAAUGAACACCAAGAUUCACAAAUAAUUUCUGUAAUAUUGAACUAAAUUUCCUUCUUGUAUGCCUAUUCACAUAUGUAAUAAGCCAAAAAAUUGUAAUGGUGAUUUUAGUGCACAGCUGCGGUGCUGUUUUUUGACAAGACAAAACAUUUGGAAGUUGAAGAUAACUACAUGAAAAACUCGCUUGAACUAACUGAAGUGUCAAAUAGGUGGCUCAAUAGGUGUCUGGAAGCUUUAAAGUAGUUUUACUUAUUUCAUUCAGUAUUUGUUAUCUCUUCUAAUCUUGCUAAUAGCACUAAUCCCGUAUUGAUGA